AUGCCCCAACGCGUAACUGCCAUGACAAGCAACUCUCUAUUCCUUGUUGGUGGCACAGGUAGUCUUGGCCAAGCGAUAGCAAAAGGACUCCGCUCGGCCGAAGGUUUUUCUGCUUAUGUAGCCCUGGUUCGUCCAACUUCCAUCGAUGGUAUUGAAGCACUUUUACUGCGAGGAACGGGUUGGACGGUUGUGUCUGUUGAUUUUAGUGAUCACGCUUUUCUAGAGGUGUCCUUAAAAGGGGCCAGGACCGUUGUGUCUACAAUCAGCGGUAACGACCUGGUCGCUGUGGAGUCUGCUGUCAUCAAGGCAGCCAAGAAAAAUGGUGCAACCUUGUUUGUCCCUUCGCAGUUUGGAUUGGAUUUUCGUCGCUGGGGAAAUUCGUUUCCUCUUUUGGCUGUAAAGAAUGCAGUUCUUGAGGUUGCCAAAGAAAUCAAUCUCCCCACCCUGAUUGUUUUCACUGGCAUGUUCUCGGACUUCAUUUUUUCUUUCUUGGUUGACCUCGAGGAGAGCAAGGCGCGUGUGAUUGGUGAUGGAAGCGGAAAAGUGUCCUUCACACUCCGAUCGGAUAUUGGGUACGUUCUUGCAAAGGCCUUGGCUGACCCAACAUAUAAGAAAGGCGGGACACUUUCAAUGCAGGGCGACACUAUGUCAUGGAGAGAUGCCCUAGCCUUACUCGAAAAGGCUACUGGGAGAGAUUUGGCACUGGAAUAUAUAAAUCCUGAAUCCGCCCUCCUUUUAGAAAAAGAUCUUUUGCAAAAGGGUUUGGACGGAGAGCUGGGAUUGUACUAUGCUGCGUUUGGACACCAUCUUCUCGGGGAGCCACAGCGUGGUACCAAUGGAGGUGAUACAAGCGCUGAGGCCCAGACUUACGGCUUGACCCUCGAAUCACUGGAAACGACCUUGAACCGUAUCUACAGCACGUAA